AGAUUGAAAACUUUCACAACCAUCUCACAUUGUCUUCCUCAAAGAACACUGCAAUCCUUGUGUCUUCAGACCACCAUGUUGCAUAAUGUAGUCCUAUUGGGUGCAGUCACCUUACUUGGUGUUUUAGAACAAGCAUAUUUUUCCUUGCAGGUGAUUGCAGCCCGGAGGAAGUACAGCAUCUCCCCUCCUUGUACGUCAGGCCCCCCAGAAUUUGAAAGAGUUUUUCGGGCCCAGGUUAACUGCACAGAAUAUUUCCCAAUGUUCCUUGCGGUGCUCUGGCUGUCUGGGAUCUUCUUCCAUCAAGGCACAGCCGCCGCCUGUGGAAUUUUAUAUCUAUUUGCUCGCUAUCGUUACUUUAAUGGUUACAGCAUUUCAUCACAGGGCAGGUUGGCUCCCAUGUAUCUUAAUGCCGGAGUUCUCUGGUUUAUGAUGGCUCUUUCUGCAUUAGGCAUUCUUGAUGUUCUUGCCUCCCAUUACAUCGGAGUGGACAUUCUGUGAUACUGGGCAGGGCGGUAGAGGCAAAUGGGAAUGAUUAAUGAACAACCUAAAAUUACAUAUUAUAACAACCAUCACUGGAGGCUUUACAUGAAUGAGACGAGAAGUGUGAAGAAAGGGUAGAUGACUGCUGUGGACUGUGGUGUCCAACCUGUGGUGUUUCGUACUUGGGCUGUCAGGGAAUGCUGGUAGUUGUAGUUCUGCACAAGCUGGCAUGCUGCAGGUUGGAUACCACUGCUGUAGGAAUUCACUGUAAUAUUAUAGUGUCAUAAUCUGACUUCUACAUCAUCAUAACAGGACUAUGUGACCA